GGAGAGAGAAAUAAGAGAAAAGUGUUCUUUAUUGUCGAGAAGAUCAAAGAAAGAAGCAUCUCCAUACCAUACCAUACCAUACGCACCACAAAACACACAUAAAUACUCACCCUUUCUUCACUCAAAGAUUUCCCUCUCUCUCUCUAAGCCUUCACUCUUUUUUUCUCUCUCUAAAAACAACAAUACUGCUAAUAAUAAAAGUAUGAUUGAAGAAGACGACUGGGUUAAACUCGCUUUAAACGACGACAAUCGCGUCGUUCAGCUCCUUUUGAAACUUAAGCGAGCGCUGUCUUUACCUCCUCCUCCUCCUCCUCCUCCGCCACCGCAACAGCCACCGCUGUUGCGGCUUGACUGGAGCGUAAGACAACGGCGGUCUAGACAAGUUUCGAGGAAGAAAGAUAAAGCUGCCGCUGCUGCUCAUGACGCCGCUACACGUGCUAGUCCUACAACGCCGCUUUCUUGGAGCGGGGGCACCACCUCUGUUAGCGGCGGCGGUUUUGAAGAGUCCAGUUUACCUACUAAGACUGUUGACACCGCGAGAUCUAAGGUUGAUGUUACUAGUGAAACACCAACAACUAAGAGGUCAAGAAAGAAGAAGACAUUACCUGAGCUUAAAGAGGAGGAAAUUUUACUGUUGAAGGAAAGGAGAAAUUUGAAACAUCAACUGGUGACCUUGCGGCUUACUGUAGAGAAUCAAAAAGCUGAAAAUGAAAGCUUGAAGAGGUUGAAGGUGGAUUUGCUGUCAAGGCAGACGCCACAAACAGUUGCAGCAGCUAUUAAUACUGACGAAUGUAAUUCAGAUAAACUAAACCAAAUAAAAUUACCACGUGACGCCUCAUGUUCAAUGACAACCGUAAGUGCUGUAGGCAAUAGAUCUGAGACAUCUUCAUCCGGUGCUGCUCUCCAAAAACAAGAGGUUGGAUGUAGGGAGUCUUCCUAUGUGCUGCCUGAUCUAAAUCUACCUGUGGAAGAUAACUCAGGGAUAGAUGUCUUGUAUGGGAUUAGCUAAGAAGAAUCAGUUGUAUACUGAGUCAAUUUUUCCAAGCCACCGGUGGAAUUUAUGCUUAAUGACGCAUGGUGCUUUAACAGUAUCUGAAAUUGAGUUAAUGUAAGUACUAAACCAACUGCCUUCACCGCAUCCAGGUAUGGAAUGCUGAACUUUGUUUUUUUUAUACUGAAGGUACCGAGGGUAGUGUAGAGAUCCUAAUCAUUAGUUAAUAGUUAGAUUCUUUUCUUCGGGAGCAGAUUUCUACAUUCUUCCUAAUUCUUUGGGGCCAACCCUCAUUCCUUCUGUUUUUUUUUUAGAAAAAUAUUAACAGAUAAGCUGUAAUUAUUCUAUAGAUAAUCACAUGUUUUGGUACUAUGUGAAUCUAAUCAGGGUCUCUUUUUUUUUUUUGGUUUA